AUGAAUGAACUUUUCUUUAUCGCGUUGUAUCUUCUCUCGUUCUCAUCGCCAACCUUAACGCCGUCUGUCUUGGAAAACCGGAAUGCCAGUGGCGCGCAGUCAACCUCUGCGCAAAUAUGGAGUUCGCCCUGGAGUGCUGGAGCAAUGGAGUUAGCACGUGCCAAUAAGAUAGACAGUGCUGUUCCACGGAAGUUACUUGCGGUCUCCUCGGUGUUCAUGAUUCUCAAGCAGUACGUGAAUGUUAUCCAGUUAAUCGAGGCUAGUAAGUGGAUUGUACAAGGUGAUAUGGAAAUCAGGAGAAAUCAACCUUCUCAGAAAAAGGGCUAA